AUGUUGCGCUCCCCCGUCUCGCCCGACCAUCCCUCUCCCUCUCCAGGUCCUCCUCCUCGCCACUCUUUCGACGACGAAUUGGACCGUCCCGGCUCCUCUGGAAGUGAUGCCUCGUCUAUCGCCUCGGUGACCACCAUCUCGGCCAUCCCACCACCGCUUCAGAUCACCAAAGUUUCGUCGGACCACGGCACAGCCUCACCUCGGCCCCCCCGGUCGACCAGUAUCAACAGCACCGCCGCCCCGGUCAGCAACGCCAUCCAUCCCUCCUCCUCUGCGGCCACCUCUUCUUCUUCCAUACGACCCGUUGCCUCCUUCAUGCCGCAUAAUGAUCCGUCCAGCAGACGACCGUCGGGUCGAGCGCACCCGGCGGAUCUGCCUAAGCACCGCCCUCGACACCACUCGCAAGGGUUCUUUGAACCGUCGUUGCCGACCGCUUCCAUGACCGAUACGACACUGUCUGCCUCGAGGAUCGCUGCCCAGGCGGCUAUGCAGCAGCAGUCAACCGCGCAACCUGCCCCGAAGCGGUCGCACACCGUCAUUCAUAACCCCGACGAUGGUUCCAAGUCACGCAGGGGCGGCAGCAUCUCGCCUCCUCCCCCUCCGCCCUCCGCCAACCCACCGGUACCACCCCCGCCAGGCUCCGGGGGCGCCUCAUCAGGUCAAACAUAUCAGAACGGAGGGCAUGCUCAUGUAGCGACCACCGCCGCCAACCUCGUCUUUCCCCGCCAGCCUACGUUGCAGCCUACGGGGACGGAACCACCCGCUGACCGUGAACAUAAGCCCAAGAGUGAAAAGUCCAAGAUGAAACUAUUUUCCAAGCCCAAGCACAUCGGCAUCAGUCGGGAUAAGGAUCCCUUCGGGAAGGACCGAGGGUUGCCGUCCCCCAGUAAGAUGGGGUUCGCGGGCGCCAGCGGGUUGUCACGCAUCGUCAGUGCAUCGACCACUAGUUUGGCCGAGACCUUUCCAUCCAACAACUCGUCCAUGUAUAACCUGUCCAAUGCGUCGGCGACUACAGUUGUCCCGGCGGAUAAGCCGGCACCCAGCGAGAAGGAAAAGGAAAAAGAGAAGGACAAGGCCCACAAGCACCACUUUCUUUCGCGGCAGAAGUUGAAGCUGAAAGAUCACGCCGACCACUUUAAUCUUCCCCUCUCGUCGGCAUCGAGUAACUCGAAGCCGUCGGAUCCCAAUGCUCCUCAAUCGCUCUAUUCCUUCACCCCCGCUUCCCCCAAUGCAGUUGCGACGACCUUCGGUACGGCAGGGACUCCGGCUGUCUUUCCAGGGCCCUCGUCCCUAGGGUCGACCGGGGUUCUCGCCGAGGCAGCUCUACGAGAGACCCUCCAAGGGUUCGGCCUCAAUAACAUGACCCCAGAAGACGCAUGGGAUUUUCUGAAGGCGAAAUUGCUGGUGAUUUUUGACGGCGAGGAUGUUCGCAUUGCCAUCGAAGACCUCAACAAGUUGGUGUUGAUCCACAUCCAGCGCUGCGUGCAAAAACGCACGCCGACGGCCAUUGUCGACGACCUGCGGGAGCUGCUGGAGACCGGGUUCAUGUCCUUGAAUCAUACCCUGAAUGGAGUACCCGACGAGAAACUUGUGCCCCAUCUGGUACAGAUCUGGAUGCUGGUCUUUGGCACGAUCUUGCCGUUUAUCCAGGCCGUCUUUCUGCCCCUGGACCUGGAGUUCCGCGGAUGCGGGUCGGUGAUGAACCUGCGGGAGGCCAACGAGUUCUGGGCGUCGGCGUUGGAAGGGGAGUACCCCGGCUGUGAACUGGAGGUGCGCAAUCUGGUUCUCAUCGCCUUCCGCGACAAGGUCAUCCUGCACCGCUACGACGGGCUGAAGGCGACCUUCUCUCGAUUGAGUCUGGACAGCAUCAAUCUUGGCAACGCGGCGCUGAGCGUGACGACCAAAAGCAGUAGUAACAACGGACGCCCGAUGACUGCAGCCUCGCUGGACGGUGGCUUUGGCAGUUACGGCUCGCAGUCCUCCACGCUGCUGACCACGGCGGACAGCUAUUCGUCCGACUCGCUGAGCUGCAAUCGCAGCCGCGCCGCGUCCAACACAUCCUCCAACCCGGACCAGCUCAUCUUCCAGUCGUUCUCCUCGCCGUCGCAGCGACCGACCAUCCUUCAUCGGGCCGCGUCGGCCGCGGAUACGUCGCACGUCAUCACGGAAACGGUCGGGCGGAUGCUCCAGUGUGUCAGCGUCCUGGCCAGCGUGCAGACCGGCGAUCGGGCGCAGGAGAAGAUUGAAGGACUGAGCAAAGCGCUGAAGCACAAUUGGCUGGGCCGGGGACGGACGGGUCGUGACCGACGAGGGUUUGUGGGGGCGAAGAUCCGGCCGGCGAUGAUCUCGCGAGCGGACAGUGAUGAGUCUGUGAAACAUCUUCCGAACGGGGAGUCAAAUUGGAGUAUACGUGAUGGGCGUCAGGAAAUGAGCGUUCUGUAG